UGGUUCGCAAAAAAAGGAUUUAAUCUCGAUGAGCUGUUAAAGGCGAUGCAUCCACAUCACGACGUGAUCAAAUGUAAACUUCGUUCAGCUUCCUGCCGAACCACCUGCGCGCGGCGCGCCGUUGGCCGGCACGGCAGCUCCUCGCCGUGACGGCAGCACGUGCUUCGUUCGUCAUGGGGCACUUGCAUUUCCGGCAGACGCGGUCACAUGACUCACGCCAAGCCGCCUCCUUCCUUGGCGCCAACCCCGCCGCCCGCCCACAAAUACCGCUUGCCACGCCAUUCGCGGCGCCCGCUCAUCCAUCCACCUGGCUCUCCCCCCUCCGUCUCAGGCAGGCAGGCCGCAGGCGUCGUCUCCAACCACCUCCUCCUUCCCCUCCCCGCCGGUUCAGAUCGCCCGCGCACCAGAGCGCGCGUUCCCGGACGAGUUCGGGUACGCCGCCUCCAUCUUUCCUUCCGAAGGUCUCACCUUUUCGAUCCGGCCGGUUCGUCCCUCCCAUCCAUCUCUUUCAUUCGUCCGGCGCACGAGGACGACCGUACCCACCGCCGGAUCCAUCCCAUCGCGACGACGGACGGGCGGGUCCGGUCCUUGGACGACGUACGGUCGCUGCCGGCGCUGGAGCAGGCACGCGGUACAAAGUUGCAGCGGCGGGCAUGGAGUUCUGGCCGGAGUUCCUGGCGAGCAGCGGCGGGCGUGAGUUCGUGGCCGGCGGGGUGGGCGGCAUGGCGGGCGUGCUGGCGGGCCACCCGCUCGACACGCUCCGCAUCCGCCUGCAGCAGCCGCCGCCGCCCGUCAGCCCCGGGAUCGUCGACGCGCCCAGCCGCCCUCCCUCCGCCGCGCGCCUCCUGCGCGGCAUCCUCCGCGCCGAGGGCCCCGCCGCGCUCUACCGCGGCAUGGCCGCGCCACUAGCUUCCGUCGCCUUCCAGAAUGCGAUGGUGUUCCAGGUCUACGCGAUCCUGUCGCGAUCGCUCGGUUCAGAGAGCUCCACCUCCGAGCCUCCUUCCUACGCGAGCGUGGCCCUCGCCGGCGUCGGCACGGGGGCGCUGCAGACGCUCAUCCUCUCCCCCGUCGAGCUCGUCAAGAUCAGGCUGCAACUGGAGGCGGCAGGGCACAAGCACCGGCGCCCGGGCGACCACCACGGGCCCGUCGACAUGGCCCGGGACAUCUUCCGCAGGGAGGGGCUCCGCGGCAUCUACCGGGGGCUCACGGUGACCGCGCUCCGCGACGCGCCGGCGCACGGCGUCUACUUCUGGACGUACGAGUACGCCCGGGAGCGGCUGCACCCGGGCUGCCGGCGCGGCGGCGGCGAGAGCCUGGCGACGAUGCUCGUGUCCGGGGGCCUGGCCGGCGUCGCCAGCUGGGUCUGCUGCUACCCGCUGGACGUGGUGAAGUCGCGGCUGCAGGCGCAGGCGUCCCCGGCCGCCAGGUACCGCGGCGUCGUGGACUGCUUCCGGAGGAGUGUCAGGGAGGAGGGGCUCCCCGUGCUGUGGCGCGGCCUGGGUACGGCCGUGGCCCGGGCGUUCGUCGUCAACGGCGCCAUCUUCUCGGCGUACGAGCUCGCUCUGCGGUUCUUGGCCAGCGGCAACGGGCAGAGGAUGGUCAUGGAGGAGAACUGAACUGAACUGUGCCUGAUUCUAAGCAGCCGCUAGCAGCGGCAUGUCUGCCGCGUUGUACAUAGGCAAGUGUUCAUUGGGAUUUGGGAGUGGUUGCCUGGUUGGGGAGGUCUCAUGCCAUUACAGUGAGCUGAGAUCCAGAGUUAUCAUAGUUGAUAGCUGCAAGAUUCAUACAAAUUGGCAUCAUAAGCAUGCCUAGAGAUGAUGGCGAUCAAUUCCCCACUGUCUGGGGGAAAAAUAAUGUACAUAUCUUGGUGUAUUGCUAUUACAGAUACAUGAACAUCAGUGAGACAAUGACCAGUUCAUAAAUAAUAAAACCGUGCAUGGGAAACACCA